AUGACCUCGUCCAUUCCUCUAAUGGGUGCUACAACACAGGAAAUUGCAAGGCCACCAGAUAAUGCUAAUUCCGGGUCAAGCCCAUCAAUUGUAAAUGGACGUCCAGAUGAACAAGAUAUUAAAAUUCUUGUACAUGAUGAACAAUUAUUUGAUUGUAUCAAUGAUGAACAUUGUCGAAUUGAUCAUGGUGGGAGAACGCGAACAUUCAAAGAAAUUCAAAAAAAGUAUUCUAAUAUAACAAAACAACAAGUUGAUUUAAUUGAUUUUCAGUCAAAGCCUGAUGGUGAAUAUAAAUUUUUGAUGAAUUAUCAAGAUCAUUUUAAUAAAUUUACUGUACUUCGACCAUUGAAAAACAAAACGGCAGUAGAAGUUGGACGUGAAUUGGUUAAUAUCUUUUCUCUUUUUGGUGCACCAACAAUUCUCCAGUCAGAUAAUGGUCGUGAGUUUGUAAAUCAUAUAAUUGAUUCACUUGCUGAACUUUGGCCUGGCUUAAAAAUAGUUCACGAGAAACCGCGUCAUCCCCAAAGUCAGGGAAGUGUGGAAAAAUGUAACCAUGAUAUUGAAACCAAAUUAACGGUGUGGAUGCAAGAACAUCGAAAUGCAAAAUGGACUGAAGGAGUACCAAUAGCUAUGUAUCAGAAAAAUACAUCAUUUCAUUCACGUCUUAAAAUGACACCUUAUGAAGCAUUUUUUGGCCGAGCUGCAAGUCUUGGCUUAAGUGAUUCUCACCUCAAAGAUGAUGAUACAAAUGAAAAUUGUCCUGUCGAAGCUGGUGAUAAUCAACCAUCAUCCGAUAUAACAACAAAUCCAUCAUUAACUGUACAAGCAAAGUGCCAUCAUAAAGUAGCCAGUGAAUCAACACGUUCAGUUGUUGAUGCAAAUCAAGAAGCAUCUGCUGCUAAAAUGAUUGAUGAUAGUGAUCGUCAUUUGCCACUUGUUACACUCGGCGACAAUGUCAGAGUUCCAGUGCCAUUAAUGGAUAGAUCUCGUGCUGAUCCACCAAAUGUUCUAGGUUUGAUUAUCACAGAAAUCAAUGGAAUGUAUAAAAUUGGUUGUAGAGGUGGAACAAUUAAGCGUCUCUAUGCUCAUAAUCAAUUUAAAAAAUAUGAUUCAAAAAUAUUAAAAAUAGUUGAUAUUGACCUUGAAGGACGCAGUUUGAGAAAUAUUGUUGAAAAUGAAUGUGUUCUUGGUGGACAAAAAAAUUCUUAA